AGAGUAAUUAUGAUGUAAUCCUAUCAACAGUUGCUAUGUAUAAUAAAUUAUUACAGUAAGCUCAUGAUUUUGUGCAGGAUGCCUUUAAAAAAGAAGAAUAAAACUGGAAAGAGUAAGAGCAAGGGGAAAGGAAAGGUUAAAAGGAAGGGAAGAAAAGCUAGUUCAGAGAAAGGCGAUAAAGAAUGUUUCUUAAAAGAGGCUCUAGCAAACUCUAAGUUGUGGGAGUCAAGAUACAAUGCAGCCGAGAAAUCAAGACAGGAAUACCGACAAAAUACCAGAAAACUGGUAGUUGACAAUGAAAGGCUCCAAACUGCGGUGAACCAGACAGAACGGGACACAAUUGAAGUAAUUGCAUUUUUAAAACGCGAAGACUCCCAGAGAGAUCACGAAAUGGACAAUAUGAAGGAACAAGUAAACGAUUUAACAGGGGUGACACAAGCAGAUAAGGUGCAACUCAUGCGAAGACAUGCAGAUCAACUAAGCCAGCUACAGUCAGCUCUUGAUUCAAAAGAAAAGGAGGGUCAAGUAAUGCAAGAUGAACUUAAAAUUGUUACGGAGUUUCGAAAGAAACGUGCUGAAAUGCAGAAGCAGCUUGAGGAACUUCAAUGUUGUCUGGAUGAAGCAGCACAUGAACACAAAGUAACGCUCUCAACAAUGGAACAGAGAUUUUUUGAAGAAAAACUAAGACUUCAAAAGGAGGCUAACAGAAGAAUUUCUGACUUGGCUGAAAAGGCACAUACUGAAGCUGUGAGGAAUCUUGACGAACGCACUCAAAAUGUGUAUCGUGACAACAUCAGGAUGGCAGAAGCACUCACACUACAUACAGAACAUGAAGAAAGUCUGCAAAAGUCAAAGGAUACACUUGAAAUGGCCAACCGACAGCUAAUGGCUGAGAAAGAGUUGAAUCAGCAGCUUGUACUGGACAAAAUUAGUCAAGCUCGUCACCAUAAGAAAAUGAUCAAAGAGUUGCAGGUUAAAACGGAAGGCCUUGAGCGAUCACUGACUGUAGUCAUACAUGAAUUUGAGCAGGAGAAAAUAAGCAUUCAGGAAAAAAAUUCCCGGCAAGUUCAACAAGCUUCUUCUGAAUUGACUAUUCUAAGGCAGUGUUACGAGUUUCAAAGUAGAGAAAUGAAUCAUGUCAAGCGACUAGCCAAACGAGUACUAGAUCAGCGAUCGCAUGUUGAACAAUUCUUUCUUGAAGCAUUAUCUCAAGUUCGAAAAGAAAUAGCAAGAAACAGGGGCCAGUAUCGUAAGGAUGCUCACUUAGUGUAUCAACAGAAUGUGUCAGAUGCUGCUCAGGGAAGAAGUAAGUUCCCACCUGUGAGAACCUUCAAGCCUGGAAUGGAGAAGAGUACGAACAGUGUGUACCAAGACAUGGAACAAGCAGAAAAAUGGGAUGGAAUUGGAGGAGGAGUUGCUAUGUCAGGUCUAACCUGGGAACAAAAACAACAAGUGCUUCAUCAACUUUUUUCGAAAAUGAACAAUUCAUUUUCAUCAAAAUCUUUUCCUCUGCAUCCACCCCUUCCAUCCAUUUGUUUUGAUGAAGACACACCUGCAUGUGGUCCAGUUUUGCAGUAGAAUACAGGUUUAUUUUGUCAAUGCAAUGUUGUAUCAACAUAACUAAUAUAAUAUAACUGUAGAGCUGUCAAUAUUGUAGUAUUGUUUCUAUGCUAAUACACGUUUAUUUUGUCAAUGCAA